UGGUAUGUAUAUGAGCGAGUAUGCCUGACAUGGUUGAAACAGAACGUUUCUUUCCAGUCAAAGGUGAAACACCCAUGUGUUCAGAGAUACGCGUGUGUAUGUGUCGGCGAGUUUGACCAACAUACAAUGCACUACAGCAUUGACACUUAUACAAAUACACCACAUGUGAUCUCAGUUCAUCGGGAAUUUUGUCCUUAAAUGGGAAGAAAUUGGAAAGACGGAAAGAAGGACGAAAGGCGACACGUAAAGAAAUGUGUGGAUAGGCAGAAGAAAGAAAUUUCUGAAGUUGUGAUCGAAUUUGCAAACCAUGAUGACCAGUGAAAGGAAGACAAAAAUAUAUAACCUUUUUCGAGCAAGUAUGAACUUUAUCACGAGAAUUAUACAUUUUAUCAAGAAAUGAUUUGAUACAACUAUCCACAAGUGUUGCAGGAUAACCAUUAAGAGAGAAGGUUUUCUUGAAUUUUUCCAUUUCCGAAUGUAAAAAAAAAAUGAAUACUGAAUACUGUAACCGUUUGAAACUAUUUGUAUAUAUAUAAUACACGCUUGUAAAUAAGUUUAAUUGCUCUGAAGAUGUUGUGAAGAAUACAACGAAAUGUUAGCCAAUAAAUUUUAUAUUUUGUUAUGUCUUGUCUGAAAGUCAUUUGCUGGGCUUUAAUUUUCAUUUUUAAAUUACGCUUUCCAUCCGGUGUAUCAAUCGCUACUAUUUUAACCCAUUAAUGAUCAGUUAACAGUUACGUGUGAAAUAAUUUUUUAUAUAUUUAUAUAAAAAAUAUUGACGUGAAAUUACCAUCAAGUCAUUUCUUGUGUUAUUCAUAAAACUCAUAUCAUUCUUCCAUGCAAGCAACACAAUUAAUUGCGUGGGCAGUUUCGAUCCUAUGGAUACAUAACACGUUCUUAAGUAUGUAAAUCUUUUUUUGUGCUUGUGAGAAAUGUUUCGGCUGAAUAACAUCAAUCAUUGAACUCGCGGCAAGGACGCCGGAACUGGGGAGCAGGAGGGGCAGCCGCCCCGUUGCCCUUUACCAGGAGAGGCAAGGGGGCCAAAGGUGCCCUUUCAAUUUAAAGGAUUGCCUUGGCGAAAUAGCGAAUUGUCAGAAAUGUUAGUGCAAUUAUUUUACGAAUUUGCUUCAGAAAACGCAAGAAAUGCAUGCAGUCAUCGAGCUUCAAGAAUAGCACAAUCGCCUGGAGGAUUAGGCGAAGUUCAUCUCUCGAUGAUUUGCAAACAUCUCUUAGUAUAUAUCAAUUCAAAAGUGCUCUUUCUUGAAAAUCUGCCCCCCCCCCUUGCCUUCACGUCGUUCCUUGACUCGCGGUAAAAGUAUCCGACUUUUAAUGCUUCCCACCCGGGAUUAUUAUACUAGAUAAAUAAAUCAUGAGCAUGCAUAUUAAUAGUUUUUACAGUACAGUACUGCUCAGAAAUAACCUAACACAAAACGCAUUCGGAACGCGUCCCGAAAUGUAUGCAAGCUAUUUGUAUAAUCUGCAGCUACUGUUUGUUGUGACUUUCGGAUGCCAAAAUCAACGGUCUGUUGUAUGUUGCCUGUCAGGACUAAAUGCCGCUUUAUUUUAUUUUGUUUGCCGUAGUAAAAUUGGUACUAUUCCUUUGUGUGCAAACUGUCUAAUGUACUUACAGUGUAAUGUUGUCCUACGAGAUUUACGUCUUAGACUAAACAUAUCGACUUGUACUUCUAUGAAAAUAAUAUGGAAUUGAGAAACUUACUUUUCAUAUUCAGGUUAUUGAAUAUUAUUCGCUAUUUUUUUGUUUUUACAGCUUAUAGUCAUGCUCGUUUUGUUAAAACUGAUUAUAAAUUAACGUAACAGAGUAACACACACCAUAAAACUAUCCUCCUGAAGCUAUUUAAAUUAUUCAAUGCAGACGAUUUUCUAAUAAUUACACAAAAAGCUAUCCCGUUUUCUAUACGAUUUACCCAUUACCAAAUUAUAGGUGCGUACGUGUAGGAUGCAUACAUAAAUAAUCGAAGUGUGAAUUGCAUAUUCUUAUGAAAAAUAUCUCAAUAACAUCUGAUUGAUUAAACUAUUGUCGACAGCCAUCCUGUGGUGGCCAUUUUUGUUAGGUUCAGUUUAGGUUCAGCUGAUUAUAAAUUAACGUAACAGAGUAACACACACCAUAAAACUAUCCUCCUGAAGCUAUUUAAAUUAUUCAAUGCAGACGAUUUUCUAAUAAUUACACAAAAAGCUAUCCCGUUUUCUAUACGAUUUACCCAUUACCAAAUUAUAGGUGCGUACGUGUAGGAUGCAUACAUAAAUAAUCGAAGUGUGAAUUGCAUAUUCUUAUGAAAAAUAUCUCAAUAACAUCUGAUUGAUUAAACUAUUGUCGACAGCCAUCCUGUGGUGGCCAUUUUUGUUAGGUUCAGUUGAGGUCAGUCGUUGAUUUUUAGUCCAGUUUUAUUUUGAUUGACAAGCGAUAUACAGCAGCACAAAGUUGGCGUAACCGAAGCAAAGCGUUCAAUUUGGCUUUGUCAACCUGACUCGUGUGUGUACGUGAGGGGUAUUUUAGUACUUAGUACGAGAUUCAAUGCAGAGAUCUAAUUGCGUUUGUGGAAAUGAAAAGGAUCUUUUAGUUUCUACUACAGCGCCAACACUCUAGGUAAUCGCUCUUUUUGUCAUAAAAUAUACACUUAUGAUUUAAACAUGAUAGUUCCAGAUAUAAACGCACAAAGAAGGAAAUUGUUUUGCACAUGCAUGGAUUGUGACGAAGGAUUCCAAUGAUAAAUCACAACAUGUUUUGUAUAGACUGUUAGAUUCUAGAAAUCAAAUGUAGUUGGCCGAUAUUGACAAGUACUGUUGUGUUUAUGAGAUUAAAGAACUAACCUGUUAUAGCGAUCUGUUAUCAGUUACGUGUGAAAUAUUUUUUAUAUAUUUAUCAUGCAUAAAUGUUAGUCACGAGACUCAGGAAUACGAGACUACUCAGGAAUACGAGACUCAGGCUUCAAACUCUACAACAAUUCGUCAAAGAAGUAUUGAAUUUAUCCGAUGGAGUAUGGAGCUCUCCCGGCGGAGAUGCGAAGCAAUACAAAUCUAAGGAGAUUGAUAUCAAAUGGUAUCCUGACACACAGUCAAUAACAUUGGCUGGGAAGCUGAAAGACGAGCUAAAGCUAAAAUUAAUCUCCCUAGCUUCGAUUUCAGAGCAACUGGCAAAAACCCCCGAAGCCUCUGACCAAGACGACUUUAGCGACGGACAUGAGGGUCAUGUUGCUUCGCCUAUGCAUCCUGAUGUUGCUUCGCUUACAAGUUCUGAUACCACUGGGGACUAACAAAAUGUUGCCGAAACAAUCAGAAUAGAGAUGAAAACCCUGAAAAAAAAGCUCGCAAAAUUUCAAAAUGCUACUAACUCGGCAAUUAAAGAUCUCAGGGAAGCGUCUAUUAAGAUAUCUGACGAAGAUGAGAACGAGAAUAAGGAUGAAGAAUUAAAAAACCUACGGCAGGAAAAUGCGAAAAUAAAGGAUGAAAACAAAGCCUUAACUGAACGCAUCAACAAUCUUGCAUACACUUUAGCAGAUUUGAAUAACAAAGCUAAAAUUGCGGAAAACGAAAAGGCGAGCUUGGUUUGUGCCCUCAGUAUCCUACAGGAUGAUUCUAAAUAUGCCUCAAUUGCCAAACCAAAUCAGCAAACAGCUCAAUGGCUUCUACAAGAAAACCGACAUGGCAAAAAGAACCGCGUGAACAGCCCAAGGAAAGUACUAACUGCCGAUAAACCUGAAAUGAUUGAUUUCGCCGGGACAAAUAAAUAUAACCCAUUACAGAUUUUAUCAGAAUUACAGAAUGACGAUGAUGCUGGGCUAAGUAACGAGGCAGUUUCUCCUGCUAUAAAUGAAAGCUACCAGAGCCCAACCCUUGAAAAACCAAAAGGACAAUCUAAGGAAAAAUCAAUGAGAACUAAACCUAAACAUAAUCAGCAGAAUAGUGGAUCAAAUUCUACUGAAAGCCCAAUAGCCAUCGUGGGCGACUCCAUGAUCAAAAUGCUCAAUCCAUCACGGUUACGGCGCUCGAUCGGCAGAAGACGACAGUAAAGACAUUUCCUGCAGCAUCGGUUACUGAUAUGAACCAUUAUGUGAAGCCUACUCUUGAAAAGAACCCCGAACUCAUUGUGCUACACGUCGGGACGAAUGACAUCCACCAGAAAGAACCAGAAGAAAUUGUCAAGGAAAUGGAAUCUCUUUGUACAGGUAUAGUAACGAACAGUUUACCUAAAGUUGCUAUUUCGGAAAUCAUACAAAGAGAAGACGAAUCAAUAAACAUAAAGAUAAAUAACACGAAUAAUCUUUUAGCUAAGCUUUGUAGUAAAUACAAGUGGGCAAUUGUCCAGCAUGGUAAUAUUAACAUAUCUAAUCUUAAUGCCUCUGGCUUGCACUUGAAUAUAACAGGUACAGCAACACUAGCAAAGAACUAUAUCAACUUUUUAAAGCAUUGACUAAGUCUUCCAAAGGUCAAUGACCUAGAAUAUAUCUACCAUAUUUGUAGCAUAAUUUAUCAUAAUCCUGACAAAACAAAUCUUGAAAAUUUAAAUCAAACUCCUAUGGCAACCUCAAAUAUUGAUACAUUAAGCAAUAACUCCUUCAAACAAGAUGAAUUAGUACCAACAAUUCGUGGCUUUAAAAUAGCCAGCUUAAAUAUUACUAGUCUGCCGAAACAUAUAGACGAAUUAAGUGUCGCAAUGAGAAAUAAUGAAAUUGAUGUCCUUGCAAUUAAUGAAAGCAGAAUGGACAACAGUAUAGCACCCGAGUUAAUAACAAUACGUGGCUACAACUGGGUUUCCAAAGAUAGAAAUAGAUUUGGGAGUGGUAUUGGUUUCUACAUUAGAAAUACAAUAAAUUAUUGUCUUAGACCAGACCUAAAUGAUAAUGAUCUUGAAAUUUUAACAAUUGAAAUUAUUAAAAACAAAGGUAAGCCAUUUCUAAUUACUACAUGGUACAGACCGCCAAGCGAUUCAAUCAGCACUCUAUAUAAAUUUGAGAGUUGUUUAAAAUUAAUUGAUAACGAAGACAAAGAAAGUAUUAUCUUAGGGGAUAUUAAUUGUGAUCUCCUAGACAACAAUCCCACGUCACUAGUAUCAGAAUUAAAAUUUAUUACAAAUCUAUAUCAAUACGAACAAUUGAUAAAAGAACCUACUAGGGUUACAAAAGAUACUUCAUCCCUUAUAGAUCAUUUUUAUACAACAAACACGAACCAUUACCAGAAAUAUGGGACAAGAUGGCGCAUAUUACGCAAUAAUUGGACAAUAUGGCGGCUAAAUUUUAAUAGAAACUAUAUAGGAGUAAACAAAAAUAUCAAAUUUUUACCUACUUUCAUCAAAUAGUUCAUGUUUGCGGAGCUCGAUUUCAACAAAGACAUGUAUAAGCAACAAAUCUAACACGAAUUUGCAUCAUUUCGCCAAAUCGCAGAGGUUCCUGAGAUAAAUGUGAUGAAGUCGUUUAUUUGAUGCGUAUCACAAUACAAUUUAUAGUAAUUUAUGUUACACAUGAGGUAAAACUUCGUUGAAUACGCCAACUUCCAUUCGGGUAUUGCAAAGUGCGGAGCUCGCAACGAAUACUUCAAUGUUUGAAUUGUUUAUAAAUUUAAAUCAAAAUCAGUUCAGAUACAACCAACAGGUGCCCAGCUGAGUUGAAUUUUGGCUUUUUCGAUCACGUAACCACUGAGAAAUGUCAUCUUUCGCAGGCUACUUUAUCUAACAAAUGCUUCGAGUAAAGCCUUCUUUGCGUAGCCAUCUUUGUUUUUGUCGUUUGAAACUAGUUACUAGUCCUUUUAGCGUUAAAUACAGCCUCAAUACUUCAUGUUAUCCGUGUGUAACUCGUUGAUUUUCGUGUUUUUGUACGUUGCUUUCCCGCGUAAAAAUCAAAAUGUCAGAUUUACUAGAAGACUACAGAAAGCGAAAGCUUGACUGGAAAUUGAAAUUGGUUACAGAAUCACCUUUAAGUUAUGUGAGGCGUCAAGCAGAUUUAGUGAAUGAAAUCCUGUUCUGUGUGGAAAUUCCAUGGGGAUUACUUAAUUUAUGGAAAACAAUUGUAGAGCACACUUCCUGUGAAAAUGCAAAUAUUUAUAAUUAUGGUGAUCUUGUUAAUGCUACUGUUGUCGACCAAUGGUGUAAAAUAAAACGUGAUAAUCAACGCAUUAACGAAUUGCUUCGUAAGCAGUGCAGUUAUGUUAGUUCUGUUCAUAAAAAAGCCAAGGGAAGAAAGAAAAACAAUUUAUUAAAUGAUAACGUCUAUAAGCUCAGUGUUAAGCGAGGGGAAGUGGUUGAAGUGAAGUCAAAUCAAGAGUUGGAUUCAAAGUUGCAAUUUGUAAAUGAAGAAUUUGAGAAUUUCAAAAGGAACUACAAUGAUUUGGAUAAGGCCAAAACUAAAUUAUAUGAAGAAAUGUCAUCUGAAAUCAUUAAAUUAAAAGAAGUGCAAGAGCUGACAGAAGUAAACAAAAACUUAAUUGAUUACAUUGACACUCUGGAAAAAAAUAACUCCAUGAAAUGUCAGGGGAAAAAAUUCCAUGAAGUUGGGAAAAAGCAACAAUCACGAAAGCUCCGCUUUCUCAAAAAUAAAACCCAAUGUGCUCUGUGGUUUUGUGAGAGUUUUGGCUUAAAGCUUACGAGUAUUAAACUGCAGGAUGAAGAAGGUACAAUUUCUUCUCUUAACUAUCAAUAAUCGCCUCCCAGCAUAUCUGAUUUGAGUUGUGAUGACCAUAGUAAUCUGGAGAAAGUUCUGUUUCUUUUGGACAAAUUCUGCGUAAGUGAUGAGAUCUAUCAUGAGUUAACGCUUGUAUCCGAAGAAUUGCCAAGGUCAUACCUUAUCAAGCAAUUAAGAUCAAACUUAAAUAAAACAUAUCACAUUGAAAGAACAUCCGGACCCUGUCCAGGUGCUAUGAUUAAUGUUACAACAACCAUUAAAGAUCACGUGGAAGUACCACUGGCAAAGAAACCAGAGCUAAAGGGACAGACAAUUAAAGUUAAAAUAAGUGGUGAUGGUGCCAGGAUGACUCGGUCAACCAAUUUCAUGAUGUUCUCUUUGGCACUUUUACAAGAUGAUAAUGUUAUGUCAUCGAAGAGUAAUCGAACCAUUGCAAUAAUUAAUGGAAAGGAAGAUUAUGAAACAAUUGCAGCAUCAUUACCUACGUUUUUCCAAGAAGUCAAUGGACUGAUUGAAAGCGGCACUAUGCUCAUUGAUGACACAGAAGUCAACCUAGAAUUUUUUCUUGGGGGCGAUUUAAAAUUUCUUGUCAUGAUUAUGGGUAUUAACUCUGCAACUGCUAAUUACUCCUGUUUAUGGUGUAAUAUCCACAAAAACAACAGAUGGGACACAAGCAAAUGUUUUAACUUUUACCAUCAAAAUAAACAAAAGAGGACCCUAGAAGAUAUAGAGAAGCUCUGCUCUAAGAAGAGCGACAAUUAUGGGUGCAUCAACCCUCCUCUGAUCAAAAUAGACCUCGAUCAUGUGGUUCCCCGAUGAAUUGCAUCUUUUGUUAAGAAUAACUGAUCGGCUUCUCCAGAAUGUUAUAGAUGAAAUUUUAGAAAGAGAUGCAAUACUAGAUUUUAACAAACCAAAGGGACAAGCAAAGGGUGUUUUGUUGAAUGAAUUUGUUAAAGACAUUAAUGAACUUGGGGUGACCUUCAACACUUGGUAUAAGAAGAAUGCUGAUGGCACAGCUAGCAAUAUUUUAGAAUAUACCAGUUGUGUUGGGGCGCAAAAGAAACUCCUUUUAUCAGAGCUUCCAAAUAUACUACCGAAGUAUCUCUUCCCUGAUACUGCUGAUGUGGUAACAAGCAUUUGGUCUGAAUUCAAAAAUUGCUAUGAUUUAAUAACCGAUUCAUUGUUAACCCAUACUUCAUGCUACGAUGUAUUUCACAAAGCCAAAAAAUGGAUCGAAUUAUUUUGUUCACUUAGACAAAAACGUGUAGGGUAUCGCAGAGAUAAUGUCACUCCUUACAUGCAUAUCAUGUGCUACCAUGUUCCAGUAUUUAUUGAAAAAUAUGGCUCUAUUAAGCAAUUUACAGGACAAGGCGUAGAAAAGAACAACGAUGAUGCGAAACGCAUGGUGUUUCAGAAAUCAAACAAAUGGGACAGUGUAAAAGAUGUUCUUUGUACAGAAAGUAGACAGUGGGAUCUGAAGAACUGCCAACGUCAGAAGAAUUGCUAUACAAAAAGAAAUCUUGAGUACUGGGAUGAGACAAUCAAGAGACAAAGGAAAGAACGGAGACAGCUUUCCAAGCCAAUUGUUAUUACUGCAGAUGUCAAUGCUACAGUUGAUGCUGAAACUUGUUCAAGAGCUGAUUACAGCAAUUUUACUGUUUCUCAAUUAAGACAAAAAGUGAGAGAAAUGGGACUAAACCGACAAGGACUUGCUAAAAUGAAGAAAAAUGAACUAAUAAAUCUACUUCAAUGUUAA